AUGAAGGCGCAGUACUCAGCUCGUCGCAAUGACGUGAUUCAUCAUCUUCUACAAUGGAACAUAGCCGGCGCCUCGGCGGACGGCGACAACGAUGCUGAUAUCCACGUUUCUGGUGGGCCUUAUCCUGAUUCUCGAGAGGCCCAGCAGGUGAACUCCGCACAAGUGGCAUGCCCCGAAGUGACCAAUUCAUCACUUUACUACGAUCAUUCCGACAAAUUCGCCCAGUAUUCGAGUAAAUUGAGAAAAACUGCUUUCACAGGGGAAGAACUAUUCGUCGACGCAGCGGCCUGCAAGGGAUGCGCACCACCAUGCAUAUGCCCAGGAACAAAAGGAGAGAAGGGUGUUUCUGGAUUUCCCGGAGAGGUAGGUCAUCCAGGCGCUCCGGGACCCGAUGGACCUGAGGGUCCUGUCGGCGCUCCGGGCAUGAUCGGAGCCGAAGGCGACUUUGGUGAUAUUGGACCAAAAGGAGUUCGAGGUGACAGGGGUCUGCCCGGAGCUCCUGGACAUCCUGGACUGCCAGGGCUUGACGGUCUUCCAGGAUUGAAAGGAGAGGAAGGAAUACCAGGAUGCAAUGGCACAGAUGGCUUUCCUGGACGGCCAGGACUCGCAGGACCACCUGGCCCACCUGGACCCCCUGGAGCUCCAGGAAGACCCGGACCUCCAGGACUUCCAGGAGAAGGCGGAGUCAAUUCGGUUGGACGAAAAGGAGAAAAGGGAAGCCCUGGAACACCCGGAAUGCCUGGUCUGCCUGGACACGAUGGUUUGCCUGGAUUGAAAGGAUGGAAGGGAGAUCCCGGACCCCAUGGGCCACCCGGGUUUCCUGGACCACCUGGCCCAAAAGGAAGGAUGGGCGCACGAACACCUGGUGUCAAGGGAGAAAAGGGAUUGCAAGGACCGCCAGGAUUGCCUGGACCCCCAGGAGCAUUUCCAGGAGCAUCUGCUCCAGAAGAGAUUGAAGUUCUUCAAGGUCCCGUCGGACCUCAAGGAGUGAAAGGAGAGAAAGGUCGCGACGGACCUGUUGGACCCCCUGGAAUGAUGGGAGUAAAUGGCCCAGAUGGAUAUCCCGGCCUAAAGGGCCAGAAAGGAGACGUUGGAGAUGCGGGAAAUCGAGGGAAGCGAGGAAAGGACGGCGUUCCCGGACAAUUCGGUGAAAAAGGAUCUCAAGGAGAGCAAGGGCUACCGGGUCUUCCUGGAUAUCCGGGACCCAAAGGUGAAGCUGGAGAACCGGGCUAUGAUGGACGUCCUGGAAUAGAAGGAGACGUCGGACCACCUGGUCCCUUCGGAGAGGGUCAUGGUGAUGCUGGAGUACGUGGACUGCAAGGAAUCGACGGAGUGCCUGGUCCAAAGGGUCAGCCUGGAAAGAACGGUCUCCCUGGAGCUGUUGGACCUAGAGGACCCGUUGGAGCACCUGGUCCUCAGGGACCUCCUGGGCUGAACGGCCUUCCUGGCUACUCUGAAAAAGGAGACCGGGGUGAGGAUGGAUAUCCAGGCCGACCUGGUGAACCUGGCUUGCCUGGUGAGGAAGGUGAUUGUGGCCUGCCCGGUGAAGAUGGUCCGCCAGGAUAUGACAUACAAGGUCCACCCGGAAAUGAUGGUACGCCAGGAAGAGACGGAUAUCCAGGACUCCCUGGCGAGAUCGGAGAACCAGGUUACCCUGGAGAGAAAGGAUUCCCCGGAGCAGGAGUGAAGAAAGUUGGUCCACCAGGACAACCGGGACUUAUAGGACCUCAAGGAGAAAACGGACGAAUUGGCCUCGACGGAUUACCAGGAGUCCCGGGUGAGAAAGGGCCCAAAGGAGAUGAUUGUGGAUACUGCCCCGAUGGUCUUCCUGGAUUGAAGGGAGACGCAGGAGCGCCCGGCGUAGAUGGAUACCCUGGACCUCCUGGUCCUGACGGCGAAAGCGGUGAUUGUGGUUUGAAGGGACUGCCAGGAAAACCAGGAUUUCCCGGACCGGAUGGACUUCCUGGAUCAGUUGGAUUGCCAGGAAUUCCUGGUUAUCCAGGUCUCAAAGGAGAAGCUGGAGAGAUUAUCGGUCCAAUGGAGAAUCCACCGGGUAUCGACGGUGCAAAGGGAGAACGAGGACAACCAGGUAAGGAUGACAUGAAGUCGACUAAAAUAUAUUUUCAAAGGAAUGUCACUAGUUUUGCUCGAAUCUGGGCUAACUAUGACAAGUUUCAAUUUUUCUGA